AUGUCUCCCAAACAAAGGAAGAAAGCUCCCCGUGUGAAAAAGCAAACAUCUUCAGCCUCCGAUUCCUCUUCCGUGACGUCCCCCGUAAUAGCAACAACCAAUUACCGUGAAAUCCACCUGAACGAGGUCGAAGCCCUCCGUUCAAUCUAUGGCGAUGACUAUGAAGAGGUCGAGACUCGCCGCUCAGCAUGGCAGCAAUCCUCCAACGUAACGUUUAAGCUCCACCUUCGAGCCUCCUCAAAUCCAGACGUUUGUCUCGUGCUUCUUGUCGAACUACCAGCGACCUACCCUAAAACUGUCCCGAAUCUGUCGCUGGAAAACCUCGACGACCUUCGCGAGAAUGCCCGAUCUAGGAUUCGCAAAAUUGUUCGGGAGAAACCGAGGACCCUUCUCGGCAGUGAAAUGAUCUAUGAGCUAGCAGUGUCUAUUCAAGAUGUAUUGGAAGAUGUUGCGCAAGCUCGAGAACAGGACAAAGAUCUACCCAGCCUCGAGGAAGAGCGCAUGGAACAAAAGGCGGCUGCUAUCCACCGCGCAGAGCUUGAAAAGCAAGAAGAACUGCGGAAACAAGAGGCCGCACACGUGGAAGAGGCACGUGCGCUUCAACUGAUGCUUGAAGACAGGGCCCGUCAACGAAACAAGGCUCAGAUCUUGCGGCGCAAGAGUCGGACUGGUGGAGUCGAUUCGAGUGAGGUAGAAGAUCUCGUGGAGAACACCCCAGGCGCAAUAUCAUUCGACCCACCUUUAUCGGUCAACGACACCGAUGAACAGCUGUUAUUGUUCCGUGCAGUGCAUGGAAAGACUUUGCUGCAAUGCAAACUGGGCAAGAAAACGUUCACCGUGAGACCCGUCGUUUCCGAGGGCAGGUGCCACGUGCCUCUUCUUGUUCUCAAAGAGAUUCUUCUCAAUGAGAAAGGCUCUGAAUCAUUCACAUUUCGAGAGCAGAUGCGAUCUAGCGAGGAUCGUCUGGAAGGCUUGAAACGACUUCGACACCCGAACCUAGUCGAAUUUGUCGGCUUCAAGAUCAUUCGUCCACUAAGUCACCUUGACUCCCCCGAUAAUACAUGGACCAUCCUUGCUCUUCUGGAGUUUGCGAACAAGGGUUCGCUGUCCGAGCUUCUCGAUAUCGUAGGGACUGUCGCUGUUGAGACCCUUCGAGGGUGGAUGAUACAGCUGCUUGAAGCGUUGGAGUUCUACCAUCGCAGCGGAUUUGUCCAUGGAAACAUCCACUGCGGUCGAAUAAUGUUAUGCAGGAACACUUCUGGUGGGACCAUGGUCAAACUUGAAGCUAGCGUUGAAGAGGCCCUGCCAGAUUCACCUGGUGGAAAGCGGUCUCUAACCACGUCCAAGUCCCCGCUCUGGUUGCCUCCGGAACUGACACAGGAGGGUGCCACUCCGACUAUGAAGACUGAUGUCUGGGACCUUGGCAUCAUCCUGUUACAGAUGGCCUUUGGAAAAGAUGUCCUUCUGCGAUAUACCUCGGCCAAUCAGUUGAUGGUCUCGCUAGGCCUUUCCCCUCCGCUGCAAGAUCUACUUCGAGAGUUCUUCCGACCAGACCCUAGGAAGCGACCGACUGCCUUCCAACUUCUGCCGUCGGAGUUUUUCCGGGUAGAUGCGCCUUUGACCAUGCGUGAUAGGCCUUCCAACUCAGUAUCACUUCAACGACGACCACGACUUGACUCCUUUGGGGCCAUGCCAGCCUUCUCACGAUAUCACCAAGACUUUGAUGAGGCUGGUCACUUAGGCCGCGGUGGGUUUGGGCAAGUUGUCAAAGCCAGGAACAAACUGGAUGGCCGUUUCUAUGCCGUCAAGAAGAUAUCUCAGACUUCAGCAGCGGCACUGAAAGACACACUUUCGGAAAUCAUGCUUCUUUCGCGACUAAAUCAUCCAUAUGUUGUGCGGUACUAUACUGCAUGGCUGGAGGAAGACUUCAAUCACAUCGAAGAGGAAGCGAUUUCAUCGACUGAAGGCGAUCCGUUCGCCAGUCAAGACCACCGUGGAUUUAGCACCGGCGGUCUGGACUUCAUCAGCUCCAGCGGGUAUCCAAAAAUCGAAUUCGCCGCUUCGGACAGCGAUGAGGAAAACGAGGGAACAAUUUCGAAUCAAGGACAUCGUGAUACUCCAGAGACCUUUGAGACGGGCACUGGCACCGAACGCAGUGGUGAACUGAGCCACGCACAGUCAGGCUCAUACGGUCGACCUAUCAUGACUACGCUUUACAUUCAAAUGGAGUAUUGCGAGAAACACACACUGCGUGAUUUGAUCAAAAACGGCUUGUACGAUGACAUAGAUCGGUCUUGGCGCCUGUUCCGACAAAUCCUCGAUGGCUUGAGCCACAUUCACAGCCAUGGCAUUAUUCAUAGAGAUUUGAAGCCCGACAAUAUUUUCAUCGAUGUCGCUAAUAACCCCCGUAUCGGAGACUUUGGUCUUGCCACUAGUGGGCAGUUCAUGACUGCUGUACGCUCGUCAGCAGCAGCGGACUUUGAAGGAGACUUCACUCGCAGUCUAGGAACAACGUACUAUGUUGCACCAGAGAUGAAGUCAGGGUUACCGGGGCACUACAACGAGAAAGUUGAUAUGUUCUCCCUCGGUGUUAUUUUCUUUGAGAUGUGUCACCCUCUUUCGACUGGUAUGGAACGGGAUCAAACCUUACGAGCGAUCAGAGAAAAGUACCAUACUCUGCCGCCUACAUUCCAACAGUCUGAGAAGGUCGUACAGGGGCAGAUCAUCGAAUCACUGCUGAGCCACAGCCCGGCUGAGCGUCCUACAGCUUCUGAGCUCCUUUCUAGCGGUCGAAUUCCUCUCCAAGUUGAAGAAGAGACAUUCCGACGGGCUAUUGUUCACUUGCUGUCCGAUCCAAAUUCCCCAGACUACAAGAAGAUCCUUUCUGCGAUAUUUUCUCAAUCCCUGAAGAAAUUCGAGGAUAUCGCCUGGGAUAUGGACUCGCAAACAACACCGGCAGCCAAUGAGCUUCUCGUCCAGGGACUCGUCAAGAAGCGGCUGACUUCCAUUUUCCGCAGGCACGGUGCCGUAGAAUCGCCAAGACAGAUGCUCUUCCCACGGUCUCAGCACUAUUCUUCUGGUGCCGUGCGCUUGCUGGAUGCCUCGGGAAACCUGCUGCAAUUACCUUUUGAUCUUACGGUCCCGAAUGCACGAGCGAUUCCCCGUCAAGAUCCUUCCCUAGAGAAGACUUUUGCCUUUGGAACUGUUUACAGAGAGUCUACUCACGGCAGUGAACCUCGCACACAUCAGGAAGUCGACUUUGACAUCGUCUCUUACAACACAUUAGACCUGGCUCUGAAGGAAGCAGAAGUGAUUAAAGUCCUCGACGAGAUCAUUGACGAGUUCCCGCCUCUUCGGUCCGCCACAAUGUGCUUCCUGGUCAAUCAUUCCGAUCUCCUGCAGCUCAUCAUGGAAUUCUGCCGCAUCACUCCUUCACAAAUACCACUCGUCAAGGACGUCAUCAGUAAGCUGAAUGUCGGCAAAUGGACUAUGCAAAAGAUCCGAAGCGAGCUUCGGUCCCCGUCUAUCGGAGUCGCGUCAACAUCAUUGGAUGAUCUUGCAAGGUUCGAUUUCAGAGACUCUCCAAAAGAGACCCUCCGCAGGCUACAAACCAUUAUGGAAGGCACUGAAUUUGCGGAGCGAAUUCCUCCCAUCUUUGCUCGCUUAAAUGUCCUUAUGAGCUACUUGCAGAGCUUUGGUGUCAAGCGCAAAGUCUACAUUAAUCCGCUCAGCAGCUUGCAUGACAAGUUCUACCGGGGCAGCAUAUUGUUCCAAUGUGUUUUCGAUACUAAGCGGCGUGAUGUCUUCGCUGCGGGCGGGCGUUAUGAUCGCUUGAUCCAGGAAUUCGCACCAAAGGUCUUGUCAAGUAGACCGCAGGCUCAUGCAGUUGGGUUUAACCUCAGCUCGGAUAGACUGGGCUCCUCAAUGGCCGAAUACCUGAAGUCCCGGGCACCAUCGAAGGAUAUCGAGUCUGGGGCUGAGCUGUAUUGGACAACUCGAAGAUGUGAUGUCCUCGUGGCAAGUUUCGAUGCAACUGUCCUCCGCACAAUGGGCGUCAAAAUAAUCGAAGACCUCUGGACCAACGGCAUCAGUGCCGAACUUGCAGUAGACGCCUCAUCACUCGAAGAGCUAAUGGCCAAGUACCGAGAACACAAUCACCGCUGGAUCGUGAUCGCCAAGCAAGAUAGCAAAGAGCGGGGCUACAAAGUGCGAAACCUCGUCCGCAAAGAGGAGUUUGAUAUUCGUAGCUCCGAACUCGUCCCGUGGCUUCGAGCAGAAGUGCAAGCCCGCCACCAGCGGGAGGGCACUUCUGAUCCGCGCCAGGCACGUCAACCUGGCCAGCAAGAUGCUCUCUUGUCGAAUGAGAAAGCGAAUGAUGUGCGUAUUCUUGUUCCUCAACAUCGGAGCAAGAAGACCAAUCGCAGGAAUAUUGUUGAGUCAGCUCUCCUACGCUCUCGCGAAGUCGCCGAGAACGCUCGUAACGGCCCCGUGGCCGCAAUCGAUACCCGCGACGACGUCCUCGACUCCAUCCGCGACACUAGACUCUCCGACCCAGACAGCUGGCGCACAGUCAUCCAGAAUGCGCCGUUGACAGAACGGAAAUACCUAAGCCAAGUUUACGAAUUGCUGAGUGAUUUGGCCUCGGAGAAUCGCAUCGAUGAUAGCAACGAGAGCUACACGAAUGCGUUUAUCUACAAUUAUCGAACGGGCUCGUGUGUGUAUUAUGAUCUUGGUCCUUGUGACAAGUGA